AUGGGUCCAAUACCUCCACGCAUUCUUCUGAUUGACUCGUACGACAGCUUCACUUUGAACCUUGCCUCUUUGCUCCGCAGGACCAUCCCUGGAUGUCUAGUACAUAUCGUCAAGAACGACCAGCUGCCGUCUACGCAGCUCGUGGCGUCGCUGCUGUACUUCGAUGCGAUUGUCGUGGGCCCAGGACCCGGAUCCCCUCAUAUACCUAGCGACAUAGGCGUUAUAGGGGACAUAUGGAACCUGCAGGACGGCUACCUGCUCCCGAUAUUCGGAGUGUGUCUCGGUUUGCAGGCUCUUGCGGUGAACUUCGGCGCUCGCUUGAAGCGAUUGGCUGCGGUUAAGCACGGCCAGAUAUCCUCCGUGAAACACAGAGGGACGGACCUAUACGCGGGAGUUGGGGAGGUCCUCGCCGUCAGGUAUCACUCUCUCCACGUCGAGUUGCUCGACGGUGGCGAAGUCACUGAGCUUGCAUGGACGGACGAAGGAGACGGGAACGGACGGGUUGUCAUGGCAAUCAAACAUCGCACUAAACCGUUCUAUGCGGUGCAGUAUCAUCCCGAAUCCGCGAAGACCGAGGGUGGUGGCGCUCAAGUCAUGGAUAAUUUCUGGAAACUGGCUCAGAUUUGGACCUCCAGAUGCAGAAGGACAACGAAGAGAUGGGAUCCUGACGCACAUGAUAUAUUUGGUGAUCCUUGGCCACUGCAUAAACUUGCGCCGGUUUGCGAUCCUGUACCACCUGCAGGAACCGUGCAGACCACAACGCUCGAUAUGCGUUCACUUUCAGUCCCACGACUAUGCGAAGAACUAGGCGUCGAGGAUGAAACUUCUCCGUUUGUUCUUUUGGAUUCUGCAGCAAACCCCGGACGUUACGUCAUUUUGGGCGUGCUCGACUCGACAACCAUGCAAAUCACCUUCCACACAGGUGAACGCUCGGUUCAGAUUCGGGAAAAUGGCAAAUGCAGACAAGAGGCCUUCGAUCCUGAUGUCGACGUGUGGGAUUGGCUAUCUAUCUUCAUGCGCCGCAGGAAAUUCGCUGGAGGCGCUCCCGAGAUACCGUUUUGGGGAGGUCUUGUUGGUUACUUGAGUUACGAGCUAGGCGUUGCUUCUUUGGGGGUCAAUCCUGACCAGAAGAGCCCACACCCUCACCCAGACGUCAACUUGGUCUAUGUGGAACGGAGUCUUGUCUUCGAUAACAACACGCAUACUUUGUAUGUGCAAUCACUUCUCCCCAACGACUGCUGGAUCGACGAGAUGUCAUCACGACUACGUUCAGCCCAGCUACAUGACCCUCAGCAGCAGACGCGGAACAACCACCUUUCAUUGCAGGUUUCCUCGCCGAGAAUCUUUCCGCCGGACAAGUCGUGUUACAUUUCUGCCAUUCAAGAGGCGCAGGAGAAUCUGUUUGCCGGGAACUCGUACGAGCUAUGCCUGACUGCGCAAACACGGAUUCGUCUCUCCAAGGAGAAGACAGACUCAAGGCGGGGGACGCCUAACCGCCUCACUUCUUGGGCGAUAUACAAGUCGCUGCGAGAAAGAAACCCUGCCCCGUAUUCGGCAUAUCUACGUCUUGGUCGAACGCAUUUCCUGUCAUCAUCUCCGGAACGAUUUCUCUCCUAUGGACGUUCCCCGUCUACUCCAAUGCAACUCCGCCCAAUCAAAGGUACCCUGCGUCGCACGGAGGAGAUUACCCGAGAAGUUGCUGAGCAGCAGCUGACCCAAAGCAAGAAAGAGGUGGCCGAGAACUUGAUGAUUGUGGACUUGAUCAGACAUGAUCUUCACUAUGUCUUGGGCGAGGACGUAUGGGUGGCAAAGUUUUGUGACGUCGAAGAAUAUGAAACGGUCUGGCAGAUGGUCAGUGUUAUCGAAGGGCGGUCUCAGGAUAGCCGCGAUCACCACGGUCUCGGAUGGGAGGUCCUCCGUCGUAGUUUGCCGCCGGGCAGCAUGACCGGUGCCCCCAAAAAACGCAGUGUCGAGAUCCUACAAACCCUCGAAUCUGAAGCGCGCGGCAUCUACUCUGGUGUGUUCGGAUACUGGUGUGUAUCCGGUGCGGGUGAUUGGGCGGUCACGAUCAGAAGUUGCUAUAAGUUUGACUGCACCGAACCAGGGGAGAGCCGCUGCCGCGACAUGGGCGCGGCGGGACGCACGUGCGAGAAUAAAGACACUCCUGAAGAGGAAUGGAUCAUUGGUGCGGGCGGAGCCAUCACAGCCUUGUCCGACCCGCAAGCAGAAUGGGAAGAAAUGCUCUUGAAAUUGGAUGGUGUGCUGAGCGCUUUCGGUGGAGCUAUACCACCAAGCGGCUAAGUAUGCGAGGCGCACCAAUCAAUCUUCGGCCACUCUGGCCUGGUAACUUGCGGUGGUUACGGCCCUUUCAUCAUGGCAUGUGCGCU